CAUGAUGUUAGAGGAGAGAAUAUAUAGAGGUUUUGCACACCAGUAUGAGAACAGAUCUUUACGUGUCUCAAACACUGUGUUUCUCCGAAAAAUGCAAGUAGUGACAUCGGCAAUAUGAAGUUGUUCUUUAUUAUAUCGACUUUCAGUCUAAUUGCAAUAUGCCGCAGCGCGAAUGAAUCUCCGGAUGAAUUAAAAUUACUCACAAAAUUAUCGCCGGUAAAUAGUGCACAAAAUGUAUAUCCGGAUAACACACGGAAUCAGGGAGAUUUGGUUGAAUCUGCGAGUGAUCGAACGUUUCAUAUAACUAAAGGUGGAUAUCCUGGAUCAAUUGGAGGAUAUCCCGGGGGAUAUCUUGGAAGAUAUCCCGGAGGAUAUCCAUAUGAUACAGGAAUCAUUGGAUCCGUUUAUCCUGGUACAUCAUAUCGUGGUAGCAACCUGAUUCCAGGAUAUGGAGGUUCUCUUGGGCCAGGAGGACUCACUGGCGGCGGAUAUGGAUAUUAUGGUAAUUAUCCCGGGUAUGGCGGAUAUGGGGGAUAUGGAGGAUACCGAGGAUAUGGAGGCUAUGGUGGAGAUUAUGGAAAGGGAUAUUAUCCUAGUAAUUAUGGGGGUUAUGGUGGUUAUGGGAGUUAUGGUGUUGGAGGUUACGACAAUUUAGGAUACGGACGUGAUUACGGCCGUUACGAUGGAUACGAUAAUUAUGGUUAUGGAAAUACAUAUGGCUCAACAUAUGCAGCGAGGAGUCCAUAUUCUCCAUACAGUUAUCGUAGCGAUAGUUAUGGUACUUCUUUGAGUAAUCCGUCUGGUUAUCGUGGUUAUUCCUAAACGUGACUUCAUUAUAUAUUUUCAUGUAACACUUACAAACAUUAU